AUGAGACUCAAUCCGGAGAAGUGUUCUUUCGGUAUACAGGGCGGGAAGUUUUUAGGCUUCAUGAUUACGUCCAUAGGGAUUGAGAUCAAUCCAGAUAAGUGUAAAGUAAUCCAAGAAAUGAAAAUCCCCAGCAGUGUAAAAGAGGUGCAACGCCUGACAGGAUGGAUUGCAGCCCUGUCCAGGUUUCUCCCUCAUUCGGGUGACAAGUCAGCCCCAUUCUUCAAGUGCCUAAAGAAGAAUGCAGCGUUUGAGUGGAAUUCAGAAUGCGAAGAAGCCUUUAAACGCCUCAAAGAGAUGUUGUUCGCGCCACCCGUGCAGUCAAAACCUACCCAAGGCCUCCCUUUGCACUUAUAUUUUUCGGUCAGGGAUCACGCAAUCAGCUCUGUAAUUCUUCAGGAGGUAAACGGAGAACAAAAAAUAAUUUACUUCGUACGCCAUACACUCAAAGGGGCGGAGAUUAGGUAUCAGAAGAUAGAGAAGGCGGUGCUCGCCAUCCUCGUUACCGCCCGACGCCUAAGACCCUACUUUCAAAGCUUUCAGGUAAAGAUAAGAACUGACCUUCCUUUGAGACAGGUGUUGCAGAAGCCAGAUUUGUCCGGAAGACUUGUCGCAUGGUUGGUCGAAUUGUCAAAAUACGGUUUACAGUACGACAAAAGGGGGAAGGUCGGUGCGCAGACUUUGGCCGAUUUUGUGGUAGAGUUGACACUGGAAGGCGGUGAGAAGGUGAGCACGCAAUGGAUAUUGUUCGUCGACGGGUCAUCAAAUGACAAUGGAAGUGGAGCAGGGGUCACGCUACAAGGGCCUGAGGAGUUGAUAUUGGAGCAGUCCCUUAGAUUCCAUUUCGAAGCCAGCAACAACCAGGCAGAAUAUGAGGCCCCGAUCGCCGGGCUGAAGCUGGCAAUUGAGGUACAGAUCGAUAGUCUGCUGGUUAGAACAGACUCGUUGCUAGUAGUAAACCAGGUGAAUGGGGAAUUCCAGGUGAAAGAGCCAACCUUGAUAAAGUAUCUAGAGUGCGUGCGACUGCUAAUGGGUCGACUACAGGAGGUGGUAGUUGAGUCCCUGCCAAGGGCGCAAAAACAAAGGGCAGACUCCCUGGCAAGAUUAGCCAGCACUCGAAAGCUUGGGAACAAUCGGAGCGUGAUCCAGGAGAUGCUCACCAAUCCUAGCAUGGAAGGAGAGUUGGUAGCCUCUGUUGGCCGCCAAGAAACCUGGAUGGACCCCAUCGUAGACAUCUUGGCAGGUGAGCCAAGCGAGGUGGUAAAAUACUCGAAGGAACUAAGAAGAGAGGCAGGACACCACACUCUACUCGAUGGGAUACUCUUUCGGCGAGGAUUUAGCUCGCCACUCCUGAGAUGUCUCCCGCCCGAGAAAUACGAGGCUGUCAUGGCGGAGGUUCACGGGGGGGUUUGUGCUAGUCACAUCGGGGGAAGGUCUCUAGCUAGCAAAGUCCUCAGAGCAGGCUUUUACUGGCCUACAAUAAGAAAAGACUAUGCAGAAUUCGUGAAAAAAUGUGAAAAAUGUCAAGUGUUUGCAGACUUGCCCAGGGCCCUAGCAGAAUAG